AGCCGAGUCUCUCCUUCCCCCGCGCGGCCCGGGCUCGUGGUGGUGCGGUGAGUGCGCGCGCGGGCGGCGGGAAGCCGCGCUGCGGGAGCUGUGAGGAGCCGCGUUCCUCAGCGGCGGGGAAAGGCCGCGUCCUCGGGCUGCGCGGGCAGGGAGCACAAGGUGCCCUUGAAGGGGAGAGCUGAGGGAUGCGGGAGAAGAAACAGGUGACAGAAUCACAGAGAGCAGAAUAUGGCUGGACAAAUAUCAGAAACUGAUCAGAUCAAGCAGUUCAAGGAGUUCCUGGGAACAUACAAUAAAAUUACAGAGAAUUGCUUCAUGGAUUGUAUAAGGGAUUUCACCACCAGAGAAGUGAAACCAGAAGAGAUAACUUGCUCAGAACACUGCCUACAGAAGUAUUUGAAAAUGACACAAAGGAUCUCCAUGAGAUUCCAGGAGUAUCACAUUCAGCAGAACGAAGCCCUGGCAGCUAAAGCAGGACUGCUCAGCCAACCUCGUUAAACAAGAGCACUCUAUUCAGACUUCAUCAGCAGUGCCAGUAUUCACUGGGCAAGAACACGUUUUGGAUUUUGUACUGUCAAGAUGCAUGUCCAGCAACUCUGAAGGUUGUUCUAGAUGCUGUUUGGAAUUGGAAGCCAUGGAGAGUAACACAAAGAGUUAGAGAGUGCUGUCUGACAGCAGAGUCUCUUUCUGAGGUCUUUUCCACUCUGCAGUGGAAUAAUACCAUUUUUUUCAGGGCCCACAGACUACUAUAUUUAAAUUUCAAGGGGAGGGGAAAGUUAUACUUUUUCUUCUGUUAGGACUGAUUCAGAGGCAAAAGAAGUGUAAUAUGGAAAUACAUUUUUUUAAUUUAAUUCAAGUAAAAUAAAUGGAACCAUA